ACUGUACGCUACAGUCGAUAAACCAGGAGGCCUGUACUGGAGGACUCUGUACGCUACAGUCGAUAAACCAGGAGGUCUGUACUGGAGGACUCUGUACACUACAGUCGAUAAACCAGGAGGUCUGUACUGGAGGACUCUGUACACUACAGUCUGUAAACCAGGAGGUCUGUACAGGAGGACUCUGUACGCUACAGUCUGUAAACCAGGAGGUCUGUACAGGAGGACUCUGUACGCUACAGUCUGUAAACCAGGAGGCCUGUACAGGAGGACUCUGUACGCUACAGUCUGUAAACCAGGAGGCCUGUACAGGAGGACUCUGUACGCUACAGUCUGUAAACCAGGAGGCCUGUACUGGAGGACUCUGUACGCUACAGUCUGUAAACCAGGAGGUCUGUACAGGAGGACUCUGUACGCUACAGUCUGUAAACCAGGAGGCCUGUACAGGAGGACUCUGUACGCUACAGUCGAUAAACCAGGAGGUCUGUACAGGAGGACUCUGUACGCUACAGUCGAUAAACCGGGAGAUGGCCAACACGGUAACGCUGCUGUGCUGUGUGGUGCUAGCUGCCGUGGUGGCGUACGCGCAGAGACGCAACCAGACAGGAGCCAGUAUUCAGUAUGAGCUUAUGGGAGGAGACGUCACCUUGAAGUGUGGUUCUCUGGACAGCGAUGCCAGCGUGACGUGGAAGGUAAACGGGACGGACGUGAAGGCACGCCACCGGGAGGAGGGGUCUAGACUCAUACUGAUGGAGGUGGACCUCUCUAACAACGGACUCUACAGCUGCUUUCAGAACCCCAAUGGCGAACGACGGGACCAGAUCAACCUGCGCAUCGGAACUUCCCCUCGGGAACCCACGGUGACGUGUCGAUCCAACACCUACCCUAAAGGUUUCUACUGUAGCUGGCACCUGCAGCACCCCACCUCCAUACCCACAGACUUCGACGUCACCGUCCUACACAACCAGAAGUCCCUAGAAGUAACAAGGGAUGUGGUCCAUAAGAACCGCUGCCACGUUCAGUUCCCUGAGGUGUUCAGUAGCUACCCCUACAGAGUCAACGUUACGGCUGUCAACGCCCUGGGAAAAGCCUCCACCGCCAUCACCUUUGAAGAGUUCAACAUAGUGAAACCAGACCCCCCUGAAAGGGUGGUGGCCACUCCCAGCAACGUGCGUCGUCUGGAGGUCACCUGGAACAGUCCCUCUACCUGGCCUGAUGUCGAGAUCUUCCCCCUGAAGUACUUCCUUCGAUACAGACCCCUCAUCAGGGACCAGUGGCAACACGUGGAGUUGUCAGACAGUACGGCCCACACCAUAACGGAUGCGUACGCAGGGAAGGAGUACAUCAUUCAGGUGGCGACUAAGGACAUGGAGAUCGGAACCUGGAGUGACUGGAGCGUCGCGGUGUACGCCACCCCCUGGAUGGACGAACCCAAACAGAUCCCCUCCACCACCGAGCAAGAACUGCUCCUCGAGACCACCCCUCCCCGCCCCCUCCCUCAGCAGAGCCCCAUAGGGCAGGUGUCCCAGUGGGCAGAGCUUCAUCGUCCCUACACCUCCUCUCACCCCUCCUCUGGUCCUCCUGUCUGCUGCAAGGGGCCCUAACUCUGGCCCUGAUGUGAUAUGAAGACAUUGAGGAGUCUUCUAUGUCUAUUUUGCACAUGUUCAUGGACAUCCUGCAUUGAUCAUUUAAUUCAAGUUUCACACAACGUUAAAUAGAAAGAGAAGAUGUGAUUAAGUCAAAGUUAAAAAGGAACGUUUUCUACAGGAAAAAAGAAUAAAUAACUUAAUCUACUCACAACAACAACAACAACAGCAGGUACUACAGUGUUGCACAGAAGCAGACAUCAUUGAUUGGACGACACAGAAGCAGACAUCAUUGAUUGGACGGCACAGAAGCAGUCAUCAUUGAUUGGACGACACAGAAGCAGGACUGUGUCUCCAUGGAGAUCCAGGCGUGUUAGUGGAUCUGAGACCGAUAAGACUUCUUCUCAGCAGCACAGCGGACUGAUUCCAUUCUCCAAGUAAAAGAAAUAAAUAAAAUAAAAAACUUUUUCAUUCAUUAUUCAGUGAAUUUUGACACACCUGUAAGAGAUCCCAAGAUCCCCUUUGUCAUCAUUUGUGGUGACAUACAGCUAACUCAUCAUGCCAAAGACUUGUCUUGGAGAAGGUUUCCCACAAUCCUCAGCUUCCUUAAGCCUGUGCCUGUGUAGAAGGGAUGGAACCCAGAAAAUUCCCUUGAAUCUGACGUCCGACAACCAACAUGAAUGACGUCACGAUAUAAACAACAACACAUGACAUAAACAAUAACAUAACAAAGAACUAAAACACACUUUGGAGAAAUCCUGAAUAAGAAUUCUAUAGCCGUCAUUGGUUUGUUUAGCUUUCUACUGCACCCAGAGAUCACCAAGAGAGUAGAGCUGUUACAACACUGUGGAUUUGAGAGCAAUUCUUCUCCAUCAUCGUCAUUUGUUUGGGACUUUACUAUUGAGGAAGUAGAUUGCCAUACAAUACGUGACUAUAAAAUGAUAAGGGUCUAUCUGCAAAAAAAAGAUGAUUCUGAGAUAAUUGGCUUUAACGUUCCCGAAACCUCAUUGGUUUGAACGGUCAAUUUUAACGUGAAGUCUUUACCAACAUAUUUACAGUACUAUAUAGGUAGACAUUGUACAGAACAAAAAUAUUUCAAUAACUCAGUUUUCACAACAAUGCAGAUAGGACCAUUCAAUUCCAAGGUCUCGACUAGGCCCUCGGUCCUCUGGCAGGUGGACGAUAAACUGUAGAAAGACAGGAGAUUAAUUUAGAGUUCCAUUGCCUUUUCAAAAUGUGUUUUUGCAGAUUACAUUUUAAUAGCCAAUAUCACAAGUUCAUAUUAUUACAAGGAAUACUGUUGUGCUUUAUUACAUGUUUAAUAUUGAAUAAUAAAAUACACACACAGGAUCUACACACACACACACACAGGAUCUACACACACACACAUAGGAUCUACACACACACACAGGAUCUACACACACACACAUAGGAUCUACACACACACACACACACACACGGAUCUACACACACACAGGAUCUACACACACA